AGAAAUACACGAUAAAUUACGCGAAUAAGCGACUAAAUAUUCGACGAGAUAUUUGGCUGUCUGUCACAGCAUUUUUCUUCAGUAGUUUGAUAAUACAGAGAAAAUGUCGUUCUACGAUAAUCGCUACUAUUACAUCAAUAAAACGUUAUUGUCUCUCAUCGGCAUAUGGCCAUUUCAAUCUCGGUUGGAGGGUAACAUAAUGCUUAUCAUUACGCUGUUUUCUAGUUGCAGUUACACGGUUUUACAGCUUUGGGGUUUGAUAGCCGGGAUAAGGAAUCUGAGCAUUGUCAUGGAGAAUGCUUCGCCAUUACUAAUAAACAGUAUUAUUUUCAUGAAGUUAAUCAACUGUUUAUAUAAUACAAAUAAAAUGAAAGAUCUUUUGGAGCACAUCGAAGAGACCUGGAAAAGGACACAAAUAGGACCGGAAAAUAAAAUAUUACAAAAUUACGCAGAACAAAACAGAAUAUUAAUAAUAAGAUACGCAUCAAUAAUUUAUAUUUGUGGUAUCUUUUACUCUACGAUGCCCCUUGUUAUCGGAGGACUGUACUCGCUUUUACCUACGAACGAAACCUACACAGCUAGGUUUCUAUAUCGCGUGGAACACGUCCUCGACAUGGACAAGUACUUCAACCUAUUGAUGCUUGACGGAGUCCUCGGUAUAUUCUUCGUGGUGUCAAUAUGGAUAGCUACCGAUGGUAUGUUCAUACUUUGUACGCAACAUGUCUGCGCAUUAUUUGAAGGUAUACGAUACAAUAUAGAGCGCAUACAAGGCACGGAUUUCGUGAUAGUUGAGCCAAACAUAGCGGACGAUGAAGCGUAUCAUGUCAUAAUUAGUUGCAUCAAAUCGUAUAAACAUGCUUUAAAAUUUUCCGAACUGCUUUCAUCCGCCUACGCAACACAUUUUCUUUUUGUAUUAGGAAACGUAGUAAUAGCUGGAAGCUUUUGCGCAGCUGAGUUAAUAAUGGUGGACACUCAAUUGGAUGAAAUUAUUAGAAUCCUUUCUUGUAAUACUGCACUAUUGCUACAUAUAUUUUAUCUAAGUUUGAUGUCUCAACAAAUAAUCGAUCAUAGCAGCAAGUUUCAAGAAGUAAUUUACAACUGCAACUGGUACAAAAUUUCACUGAGAUCUAAAAAACUAUUGAGAUUUACGUUACUACGAGCUUCUAAACCGUGUAAAAUAAAAGCUGGCAAAAUGUAUGUAAUGUCAAUGGAGAACUUGAGUUCGAUCUUACAAGUCUCCAUAUCUUAUUUCGCGAUGCUUACGUCAUUACAAUAA